AGGCCUGGGAGGCGUUUGUUUGUGACGGGGCUUCCUGGGGGCGGGCUGGGUGGGUGUGGGAGGAUCUGAGUGGGCCAGUGGGCCCAGGAGCUCCAGGAGCAGGAUGGUCAUGUGCUGUCAUCAUUGGUCCAUGAGUCGUGUGUUCUGUCUCACUGUGGCAGCUGCUCCCAGCUCCCCCAACUAGUCAUCUCCUGUUCUGGCCCAGGCAGCCUGCCUGCAAGCGGUGGCUAUGAGGACCAAGGUGCUCACCAUGCUGGCUUUCUGGGUGGGGUGCUGUUCUGGAGGGGCCCUGGGCAAGGAGGCACCGAGUCUGAGAGAGGCCAUAGCUCUGCCAACCCUCAGAGGCUUGCCCACACCGCAGCCAGUGCCGCUCAGCCCACCUGGCUCCCCAGAUGGUCAGGUACGGCUCAUCCCCAGGAACAACGGCCCAGCCAGGCCUGAGGACAGGCAGCUGGACUGGCCACAGGCCCGGCCCACACUGGGGGAGAGGGCCCAUAGAGCUCCUCUCCAACCCCAGGCCCCCAGCUGGAAGCAGCCUGCCAGGCCAGGGCUGCCCCAGAGGAAGGAGUUGUCCCCAGCGGCCUUGGAGCAGGAACGGGUCCAGCCCCAAGCCACGACCAUCUUGGAGGCUGCAGUGGGGAGGCCCAGGGCACGGAAGUUGAGGCCCUUAUGGGCCAGCGGGACCCUUAGACCCCGAGAGGGUGCAGUGUCCACCGAGGAAGGCCAGGGCAGGAAGGCAGGAGGCCGGGAUGCCAGGAGAAGGGGUCUGAAGCUGCCCCGGAGGCCCCCCAAAGGAGCCUCCUGCCAACCUGCGCUGGUCAGUCAACACCCACAGAAGGACCGAAGCCGAGGCCAUAUUGGUGACGGCAGCAGCACUUUGGAGGUGACAGGCCGUGGGCAGAAAAGGCCUGCAGGCCUGGGGAUGGCAGAGCAGGCCCUGCUCUCCCUACCGGCCUCGUGCCUCCUGGCCCAGGCCGCCGUGGCCUGCAGGAACGUGAAGAUGAAGCACAUCCCUACUCUGAAUGCCCCUGGCCUGACCGCGCUCUACCUGGCAGAGAACGAGAUCGCCAAGAUCCCAGCCCACACGUUCCUGGGUCUACCCAACUUGGAGUGGCUGGACCUGAGCAAGAACAAGCUGGAUGCCCGGGGCCUGCACCCCCAUGCCUUCAAGAAUCUGACGAAGUUGAAGAGACUGAACCUGGACGGGAACUCACUGUCUACAGUGCCGGCCUUGCCCACCUCCCUGCAGGAGCUCAAACUCAAUGACAACCUCCUGCAGGGCCUGCAUUGCGGCAGCUUCUGGGGUCUCUGCCAGCUGCUGACACUGGAGGUAGAGGGCAAUCAGCUGCAUGACAGGGACAUCUCCCCUCUGGCCUUCCAGCCACUCCGCAGCCUGCUCUACCUGAGGCUGGACCGGAACCAGCUUCGGACCAUCCCACCUGGCUUGCCAGCCUCCCUGCAGGAACUGCACCUGGACACCAAUCACAUUGAGGAGGUGAGGGAAGACGUGCUGAAUGGCAGCCGGAGCCUCAGCGUGCUCGUGCUAAGCAACAACCGGCUCCAGGAGGACCGGCUGGCAUCGCGCGCCUGGAUCGAUCUCCCGAAGCUGGAGACGCUGGACCUCUCUCACAACCGGCUGGUGCACGUGCCCUCCUUCCUGCCCCGGGGCCUGCGGCGCCUCGCGCUACACCACAACCGCAUUGAGCGCAUCCCCGGCUAUGUGUUCGCACACAUGAAGCCUGGCCUAGAGUUCCUGCAUCUGUCGCACAACAGCCUUCGUGACAACGGUAUCCACGCUGUGUCCUUCCUGGGCCUACACAGCUCCCUGGCCGAGCUGCUGCUGGACAACAACCAGCUGCAGGCCAUCCCUCGAGGCCUUCUGGGCCUCAAGGGGCUGCAGGUGCUGCACCUGAGCCACAAUAAGAUCAGACAUGUGCCCCUGAACUCCAUCUGUGAUACACGUGUGGCCCAGGACUCCAACCUCAUCUCCACGCACCUGGAGAACAACCUCAUCGACCGGCGCCGCAUCCCGCCCACCGCCUUCUCCUGCAUCCGGGCCUACCACAGCGUGGUCCUCCAGCCCCAGCAGGGCGAGGCCUCCUAGCCCCACCCGCCCCCCUCGCCCCUACCCUGGCACUGCCCCCUGUGAUUGCUGGCCGGGAGAACCAUCUAGAAGAAGACCCACUUCCCGGUGACUGACUGAAGCCCAUGCGCUUAGCAAAUGUCUGGGCAGGGGUUAGCACUUGAACGUAAUAAAAGGCAUUGCAGCAGCAACAGCA